GGCAAGCCGUCCUCACACGGUCGAAGUGGUCAAUCAAAUCGCCACAGAAUCUUGCUCAUUUACGUCCGGCCUUUCCAUCGGUUUCGGCAGCAGUCAAUGAGAUGCUGAUAAUGAUUGUCAGAGAUUUUGUCCUGACAUGGUAUACCGAGAUAUCAUCAUCCCCUGCCUUUCCUUCUGCCGUCUCUGAAAGUAUUCAUGGCACUCUGGAGGAGCUCUUGAAACGCCUCGAGAAUAUAGAUCUCGCGUCCCUUAUCGUAAGGAGGAUACUGCCCAAACUGACAAGUCAUGUAGAUCUGUUCAGGCAUUCUGAAACAGCUCUGCGCGGAGCCGGCCUCGAACGACACCUGACCCAGUCGGAGGAACUUGACUUAUUACUUGCGAGUCGAUAUGUCAGUCAAGGAGGCAAUUUGCAUUCAGCGGUAGACAACCUUUCGACAACCUUUACGAGGCAAAAUGAAGAGGCUCACUUAAAAAGUCUCGUGGAUUCCGUACUGCCUCUUGUCCUUCCACAGAAGGAUGCGAACAGCAAGGCCGUCCGUAUUGUCGUUCGCGAGAUAGUCGCAUGCGUUGUUCUUGCCCCAAUCACAGAUCUUCUCUCCGAUCCAGACUUUUGGAACCGUACAAUCGACCAAUUAGCGGGUGCAGCUAUCAAGCAACAGAAACUGAUCACAAGAGUCCGAAAUGUGUUGGAAUCGCAGUCGGGAAGCCCCACACUUGCUCGUCACAGGAUGUCGAAAUAUCAAGAACCAGAGGCGAUCACCUUGCAAACGGAUACUCGACACUUCGAGGCAUUUCUGAGAAGUAUAAGCCGCUGUGAUUCCCUUCUAGACGCUCGACGCCUGAAAAACGACAUCAUUGGCGAGAUCCGGCGUACGAGGGCGUUAUUAGCAAGGCAUGAGAAUGAGGAUUGGAUAGAUGGCAAGAAGACGGAGGACGUCGUUGCCUUCUUGGAUAGGCUGUAUACUGCGAAACGGAAAAUCGAGAAGCGUAUCGUAGUGCUUGGCGGUCAAGGCGGUCAAGAUGAUUUGCACUCAUCACUCUUCCACGAUGAUGAUGAAACCCCUGCUUUUCAACUUCGUGACAUUCUCACGAACCCGAGCUCGUUAUCUUACUUCAUGGAGUUCAUGGACCGACGGGGUCGUUCUUUACUUGUUCAGUUCUGGCUCACUGUGGAAAGCUUCAAGAACCCACUAGAAUUGGUCGACUCUGAUUCUUCCGGAGAAGAAUACGAGCCCUUAGCCAAUUCUACAUUGGCUGCAACGUUAAAGGAAGAUCUCAACAUGAUAAACGACCUCUAUUUCGCAAACCCGGUCACUUUGGCCACUUUGUCCUCCAUUUCCGAAAAGUAUGUUUCGGCGAUUCAAUCAUAUGCUACAGAGGAAAAGGCGUCAUCAGUACAAGAGAGACAAGCCCGUCGGAGUGUAAUGCUAGCACAGAGGCAGGUAGAACGUGACAUGGACCAUGAUUUCGAGGAUUUCAGAAGAAGUGACCUUUGGUUCCGUACUGUUGGUGACUUAGCGCCGAAAGGCCGAACGCAUGAGAUCACGAUGCCUGCAGCUCCUGCAAUUCAGCAACGGCCGUCUACCGCUUCGUCUGGUCUUCUUGCAUCCCUGGUUCAAAAUUUAACGCCAGACCUCAACCGCAGCCAGGCUUCAAAGCCUCCUUUCUUCCGGCGACCAGUGUCGUCUCGUUCCCUUGCGUCUUCUUCUCUGUCUGGUCCGCAUAUAAUGAGACCGAGAACUUCUUUGGGAAAUGGAGGGCCGUCGAGAAAGGAGUCUCCAGCACCGAGCAGGUCUCCAUCAGCGCAAGUGACGUCCAGCAGUCUAGAAAUCCUCAUGUCAUCUUCUCCGGACCUGAAGUCAAGCGAUACAGCUAGGGCACCUCUUUUCGAUGAAGCCGAGGAUGGGCAACUGAUCUCUGCCGACGCGGAAGAGGCGCAGCGCAUGGAAGCACUUCAAGCGGCAGUGACGGAUAUUAUAGCCUCAGAGAAUAAACUGGAUGGCGAACCUAUGAAAAGGACACGUCCAUCUGAUGAUUCCUUGGAUCGCGCUAUUGACACUCACGAUACACGGAGUUCUGUUUCAAGCCGAAAGGCACUCUUCCCGGAUUCUCAAAUCGACGCCGAAAACACAGGUGACCUUGCUGAUGAAGAUGACGAAAGCAAGCCUCGAUCGUUGGAACUCGCAGGCCCAGGAGACCUGCUACUUCCUCAGGAGAUCUCGCGCCUCGGCGACAAGAUUGAACAUCUUCGGUCUCAAGACGCAAUAUUAGACAAUUUAAUUAACAAGGCCGAGUUGACUGGAGAUGCUCAAGAAUUACGAGUAUUGAGGAAGUCGAAAGCUGCUCUUGAAAGAGAGUUAAGACAGCUCGCAUUCCAGAAGACUCAAUAUGAGCAACAGGAUUCUGCUAGCAGGUUGAUUCCUGGAGCAACGAAAGCGUCCAUAGUCAACUCUACGACUGGAGAAGAGGACGGGAAGCAGGUUGUGAGGUAUCUCAUCGAGGUGCAACAGCUCGGUACAGGGUGGGUAGUGGCUCGAAGAUACAGCGAGUUCCUAGCCAUGCAUCAAAGGCUAAAGGAUCGAUUCCUGACUGUGAAGAAUUUGGAUUUCCCUGGCAAGCACUUAGUCACGGCCUUAUCAAGCCAAAUGCUUGAUAAUAGACGUGCCGCCUUGGAAAAGUACCUUCAGAGUCUUCUAACGGUUCCAAUGGUCUGCGAAAGCCAAGAACUACGAGCCUUCCUCUCUCGUGACUCGCCUUUUAUUGCAAAAUCGUUGACAGAGGGCAAUGCAAAAGAGUCCGGUGUCUUUCCAGGACAGAAUAUCGUUCGCAACAUGUAUCGGUCCUUUACUGAAAGCAUUGACGAGGUAAUCUUUGGGCCGUCCAUGCUUGAUGUCAUGAUUGGCCGACUUACUCGACAAGCAGCUGAGUUCGCUGGGAUCGUUGGUACAGCAUCAAAUGACGAGGACCUCGUCACGCAGGCCUUGAAAGCAUCGGGGAAGGGUGCACCGGAGGAUACAUUGGCUCAGCUACCUGGAGAUCUGAAACCCCUUGAGGGAGAGUCAAGCACUUCUUCCUUCACAGCACCGAUAUGCGAUUUCAUCCUAUCUGUCUUUGAACUCGAUAGGAAGAAUAACUGGCUCAGGAGACAAGCUGUUGUCAUUAUCUUACAGCAAGUCUUGGGUGGCACUGUGGAACGGAAGUUCCGGGAGAACUUGACUGCCGCUCUCGACGAACCACACCUCCUCUCUUAUAUUAACAUCUUAAAGGAUAAUCUGUGGCCAGGCGGGCAUCUUAAACCUCCGACAGCCCCAAGGACUGUGGAUGAAAAGGCUCGUACGAGGGACGAAGCAAAUCGCAAGCUUUCCGCUCUGCUGCCCGAUAUCGCUGCAAACAUGAUGGGUCGGUCUAAUGCCCGACGUGGAGCACGACGCAUCUUCGCGGUCCUCCAGAAUCGUCGACUUAAUCAACAUAUUGUAUAUUCUAUCCUUGACGAGCUUCACCAGAUCUUCAUGGCUCUAUUCCCGGAAGUGAAUCAGUAA